CUAAAACUCCCAAAAAAAUAAACCUGGGUCUCGGAUAAAGACUGGAACAGAACUCAAACUUCCAACUCAAAUUCAUGCAAUACAAUUGCAGAGGCAAAAUGAAAAAUCAUAAACCCUAAAAGAGAUAAACCCCCAAAAAAUGAGCACAAAUAUUCACAUUCCCUUCUAAUCCCACCAAUUGUUCAACCUUCUUUAUCGUCCCAGCAAUGACUUCAAUGGACAUUCUCAACUCACCCAGGCUUUACAUUCCCAAAACCCACACCCACUUCAAAUCCCCAAAUCACUCAAAGCGUUUCAAUUUGAUUCGAAAAAUUCAACCACAGCCACCUUUCCCUCACCGGACACUCACCCUCCUUUGCCAGUCGUAUUCGGGGCCCUCGUCACGGUCGGGUGACACUAGCAAAGCCCCCCAGGACGAUUUUGUGACCAGGGUCUUGAAGGAGAACCCAAGCCAGAUUGAACCCAGGUACUUAGUUGGUGACAAGUUUUACACUUCGAAAGAAAAAGAGAGUUUGGUCAAGAAUUCCAAUGUGGGUUUUAUUGAACUCUGGGCGAAGAGAUUGAAAUUUUCGAAGGCAGAACCGAAGAAAGAGAGGACUGAGGGUCAAAAUGAUAGUCAAGUGAGGGAUGAAUCUGUUUAUUUGAAGGACAUUUUGAGGGAGUAUAAAGGAAAGCUCUAUGUGCCAGAGCAGAUUUUUGGGACUGAGUUGCCGGAGGAAGAGGAAUUUGAAAGGAGUUUGGAGGAAUUGCCCACAAUGAGCUUUGAGGAUUUUCAGAAAGCUUUGAAGAGUGAUAAGGUUAAGUUGUUGACUUCUAAGGAAGUUACAGGGACUUCUUAUGGGUUCACUGAUUUCAUUGUCGAUUUGAAGGAGAUCCCAGGCCAGAAGAGCUUGCAUAGAACCAAAUGGGCAAUGAGGCUGGAUGAGGGUGAAGCUCAGGCUCUUCUGGAGGAGUAUACGGGCCCGAGAUAUGUAAUAGAGGGGCAUACUACGUCUUGGGUUGGAAAAUUACCACAGUACCCUCAUCCAGUGGCAUCUUCCAUAUCUAGCAGAAUGAUGGUAGAGCUUGGAAUGGUAACAGCUGUAAUGGCUGCUGCUGCAGUUGUUGUUGGAGGGUUCCUGGCUUCUGCAGUAUUUGCUGUUACCAGUUUCGUUUUUGUGUCGACUGUAUAUGUCAUAUGGCCUAUAGUCAAACCAUUUAUUAGACUUUUUCUUGGUCUCAUCUUUGGAAUUUUAGAGAGAGUAUGGGAUAAUCUUGUUGACUUCUUCAGUGACGGAGGCAUUUUCUCUAAAUUUUCUGAUUUUUACACUUUUGGUGGUGUAUCUUCCAGCAUUGAGAUGUUAAAACCAAUUACAAUUGUCCUUUUGACCAUGGUCCUUCUUGUCCGUUUCACACUCUCUAGAAGACCUAAGAACUUCAGGAAGUGGGAUCUGUGGCAAGGGAUUGAUUUUUCACGGUCUAAAGCAGAAGCUCGUGUUGAUGGGUCAACUGGAGUUAAGUUUAGUGACGUGGCAGGGAUUGAUGAAGCAGUAGAGGAACUCCAGGAGUUGGUGAGGUACUUGAAGAACCCAGAACUGUUUGAUAAAAUGGGAAUAAAGCCUCCGCAUGGGGUUCUUUUAGAGGGCCCACCUGGAUGCGGCAAGACCCUGGUUGCUAAGGCCAUAGCGGGUGAGGCUGGUGUUCCAUUUUACCAAAUGGCUGGAUCUGAAUUUGUUGAAGUUUUAGUUGGUGUUGGUUCUGCUCGUAUUAGGGAUCUAUUCAAAAGAGCCAAGGUAAACAAACCAUCAGUUAUUUUCAUUGAUGAAAUUGAUGCAUUGGCUACGAGGCGUCAAGGGAUUUUUAAGGAAUCUUCCGACCACCUGUAUAAUGCAGCCACUCAAGAGAGGGAAACUACACUGAACCAGCUCUUAAUAGAGCUUGAUGGGUUUGAUACUGGUAAAGGUGUUAUAUUUUUAGCUGCUACAAAUCGCAGGGAUUUGUUAGACCCUGCACUUCUCCGACCAGGUCGUUUUGAUCGCAAGAUAAAAAUUCGUCCUCCUGCUGCAAAGGGGAGAUUGGAUAUUUUGAAAAUCCACGCAAGCAAAGUGAAAAUGUCAGAGUCUGUUGAUUUGUCCAGCUAUGCACAGAACUUACCUGGAUGGACGGGAGCAAAGUUGGCUCAGCUGGUCCAAGAGGCUGCACUUGUAGCGGUGAGGAAGGGGCAUGAGUCAAUUCGUCAGUCGGACUUGGAUGAUGCAGUUGAUAGACUUACUGUAGGACCAAAACGGGUUGGAAUAGAGUUAGGUCAUCAGGGACAAUGUCGUCGAGCCACUACUGAAGUUGGAGUUGCAAUAACUUCUCAUCUGCUUAGGCAAUAUGAGAAUGCAGAAGUUGAAUGCUGUGAUCGUAUCUCAAUCAUCCCUCGUGGUCAGACAUUAUCGCAAGUUGUAUUUCAUCGACUUGAUGAUGAAUCAUACAUGUUUGAGCGCCGGCCACAAUUGCUGCAUCGCCUUCAGGUUAGCUUUUUUAUUGUUUAUGGUUUCCUUUUAACUGUAUCCUAUUCAUUAAUUUUGAUUUUUUUUUUCUUUCCCCAUGCAGGUUUUACUGAGGGAUCACUGUACCACGACUAUGACCUAAUUGAACCACCGGUGAACUUCAAUUUAGACGAUGAGGUUGCGAAAAGGACUGAAGAGCUGAUACAUAAUAUGUAUGACAAAACACUUUCUUUGCUUAAAAGGCACCAUGCAGCCUUGCUUAAAACUGUGAAGGUUCUUCUUGAACGCAAGGAAAUUAGCGGCGAAGAAAUCGAUUUUAUCUUGAACAAGUACCCUCCACAGACACCCUUAAAGCUUCUUUUUGAGGAAGAAAAUCCUGGCAGCCUUAAGUUCCUCAAACAGGAACAGGAACGUGAGUUAGAGUAUGCCCUUCUAACUCAAUCCAAAGGAGAAACCCUAUGAUUAAAUGAAAGAUCCCAUACAUGGGGGCUCUCCGUGUUCUUUGUGUACCGUGCAUGCAUGAGGACUGCAUUGGCAGCUUCAUUGCCAUCAAGAGCGUGAAGAGCAUGAAUGAGAUUGUGUCGUGUAGUUUUGUUGUGUGCUACCCAGAAGGUGUAAUCUAUCUUUUGUAAUUCAAAGCAAGCCCAUUUUUCCUUUUUAUUGGGCUUUUUAUUUUUGUUAAUUUGUUUUGUUCUUGUGUUUGAUAGAUGUAGCUCAGCUGUAGUUAUUAGAAAAAGCCAGGAAUGUAAAGGAUUAAGAAUUCCAAAUUCAUCUGUACUUUUUUCAUUUAAACAUCAAUGAGAUCAGAACUCCGAUAGUUGGAUACAA